AUGAAGUAUUGCAGUACACGUGGUGGAGUCCAUGGAUGGGAGUUCCGAGACGUGCUCUUCUCAGGUUACGCUCCUGAUGGAGGGAUGUUCAUGCCUGAGAGUAUUCCAACGCUAAGCCGAGAAACUCUGAGGUGCUGGAGUGGACUAUCCUAUCCCAAACUGGUGGUGGAGGUAGCCUCACUUUUUAUUCCCGCUCAGCUAAUCUCCAGAGAGGACCUGAAGGAUCUUGUGCACUCUGCUUUAUCUGGAUUCUCUGUGCCCGAUGUGAUUAGAAUUGCACAGCUGAAGGAUGGCUUGACCAUCCUGGAGCUUUUCCAUGGAGAAACGCUGGCCUUUAAGGACCUGGCAAUGACCUGCACAGUGCAUUUCCUGGACUACUUUCUGCAGAAGGAGAAACACAGAGCUACUGUUCUUGUUGGUACAUCAGGUGAUACAGGUGGCUCAGCCAUCCAGAGUGCCAAAGGCCUGAGUGGUUUGGAUAUAGUGGUGGUUUACCCUCAAGGACGCGUUACUCCUGUCCAAGAGAAACAUAUGAUCACUUGCUUGGAGGAUAAUGUCCAUGUCUUUGCAGCGGACGGCUCAUCAGAUGACAUCGACCAGCCUCUCCGUCGUUUAUUUGCCGAUCAGGAUCUGGUCAAACAUCAUGGCCUCAUGAGCCUUAACUCUGUGAACUGGUCUCGUAUCAUGAUCCAGCUGACCCAUUUCAUCUUUGCAUACCUGCAGCUUACUUGUAUGGAGCAGAUGGAGGCUCAGGAACCAUUGCCUGAACUAGAGGUGGUGGUGCCCACUGGUGGAGCGGGGAACAUCGCAGCUGGUUUCUUUGUGAACCAAAUGGGUGUGCCCCUUAAGCUGGUGGCCAUGGUGAAUUCCAAUGAUAUUGUUCACAGGACUGUAUCAUCUGGUGAUUUUGCCAUGGCAGCUAAUGUCACACAGACGUUGGCUCCUGCCAUUGACAUUCAGGACCCUUACAACAUGGAGCGAGUGUUCUGGUUGCUUCUGCAAAAAGACUCUAGUUUGGUGAAAAAUAUGAUGGAGGAGUUUCAACAUUCACAUAAACAUACUCUGCUUGAAAACCACCACAAACUGUUGUCCUGUACUUUUUCAAGUGGAACAGUCAAUGAUGAAGGCAUCUUAGAGACGCUGAGGAGAUGCUGGGAGGAAAACCAGUAUGUGUUGUGUCCCCACACAGCAGUGGCUGCAUGGCAUCACUACCACUGUCCUCACGAUCCUACUAUUAAAAGGUGUUACCUGGGCACAGCGUCUCCAGCCAAGUUUCAGUCAGCAAUACAGAAGGCCGGGUUAAACUUUGAUCCACCCGAAGCGGUCAAAGCUUUAGACAAGUUACCUUCACGUUACCAGAAGCUGGAACGUACCUCUGACUGGUGCAAAGACUGGGAACAGCAACUUAGAAUGACAAUCCAGGCUGUGAGCUCAACCAGGAAAAACCGAGGGGUUUAUUACAUCUGA